AGUGUAGGUGUUACUUUCUCAUGUUGCUAUCUGCAAAAGUCCCAGGGAAGGAAUGUAGACAUUGGCAGAUGUGUGAGAUUCUGAUGGCUACCAAUCAUUCUUUCACUGGCUGUGAUGACACAGCAGAUGAAGCGGUCCGCUCCACAUGUGAUGAUGCAACAGUUUGUAAAAGGUUUGCAGUGAGUAUGAACUAUUGGAAGGACCCUUACAUACAGUAUUUUAUAAAGCAGCCAAGUGAAAGGAAAGCUCCGGAAAUCAACAGAGGUUAUUAUGCCCGUGUCAAGGCUGUGAAUAUAUUGCUGGAUGCCUUCAUAAAGAAAACUAGCUGCAAUUGCCAGAUUAUAAACCUUGGUGCUGGCCUCGACACAACUUUCUGGAGACUUAAGGAUCAAAACUUGCUUCCAAAAAAAUACUUUGAAGUUGACUUUCCAAUGAUUGUCAUGAGAAAAAUACACUUGAUCAAAACAAAGCCUCCAUUGUCAAAGCCAAUCAUAGAAACAAAUUCAAGCAGUAGCCUGCUGAUAGAUGGCUCUAACAUGGACUCUGAUCGUUAUGCUAUUACUGGGCAAGAUCUCCGUGACCUGCCCGCAUUAACGGAAAGAUUAAAGAAAUUUGGACUGGAUACCAAUUUGCCAACGUUGCUACUGGCAGAAUGUGUCCUUGUUUAUAUUACACCUGAGAAAUCGACAGAAUUAAUCAAAUGGGCUUCAACUACGUUUCCUACAACUAUGUUUGUCAAUUAUGAGCAGGUGAACAUGACUGAUCGGUUUGGUCAGGUGAUGAUUGAAAACCUACAGCGUCGGCAGUGUACCCUUGCUGGAGUCGAUAUCUGUCAAACUCUGGAUACGCAGAAAGACCGGUUUCUUUUGAAUGGCUGGGAUCAUGCAAAUGCUAUGGACAUGAUGACAGUGUAUAAUAGUUUGCCACAAGCAGAUAUUCAGAGGAUAGAACAUCUCGAAUUCUUGGAUGAGAAGGAGCUUUUGCAGCAACUAUUGCAACAUUACUGCAUCUGCUGGGCCACCAAGGAUCGUGAUGACUUUGGUAUCAAUGACAUCACAUUUGUCAACUCUUAAUUUCCACUGAGAAGCUAAUUCAAAUCCGAAACAAUGAAUUCUACAAUCAAUCUGCAUGAAAGGGGAAAUCCAGUAAAAGCUAACAGGACACCUCCUCUCCAUGAUUAAAUGUUUGUUGCUGUUUUAUUGUGAAUAAGCAUCAAAAAGGCAGAAUUCAUAUCAUUUUUUGAACUUCCAGCCUGUCACGCUUGUCAAACCAGCAAACCGAUUUGCAUCCGAACAAUGUAUUUGUUUUAUUUAAUAAAACUUUUAGGUUGAGAUUGAUAUGUUCACUGAAACAA